UUUCACACAAAGCAAUUAAAAUAAAUUUUGACCAAAAUGGGAAAAGGGUGUGUGGGGGAGCGGGUUUACUUGUAGAAAACAAUUCCAAGGGUAACACUCAAAAGGAUCAUCAAUAGGGGGUGGGUCCUAGGUACUGUUGAUGCAUACGCAAUGGAUCAAGAUUAGGGAUCAGGUUCACCUUUUAACAUUUGUCAUUCACCAUAACCUGUGUUUUACCGGUCUAUCCUUGUGUAUGCUUUCCUUCUCUCUCAUCAAUGAGAGAGAGAGAUACGUGUGAGAUGAUACAUUUGAUGUAUAUCGUAUAUAGUUGAUAUACAUAGACAGCAUAUAGAUAUACUGUACACAUCUAGUCUGUACUACUUUAGGGUAUGAUGUGUUCUGAAGAACAAACACAGACAUGGGUCCAAGCUCAUUCUAACCUUUUUCCUGGUGAAGGAGUGAUCGGCUUCUUCACAUCCUUUCACUAGAACCCUCUCUUCCCUAUCAUAAAUUCAGUCUUUCAGUUGUAGAAAACGAUUGGAACGAAAUACUAAAACAAAAAAGUGAAAGAAAUGGAUGAAACGUAUGGACUGAGGGAUCUAUCCCAUUACAUGAACGGAACGCCCAUCUUCCCUUCCAUAUCUCUGCAGCCACAGACUCAGCCUCCACGUGACCUGCACUAUGCCAUGGUGAUGUUGGGAGGUGGUCCUGGUGGUGGUGGAAUGUCGUUUGGAUCUGAUUCAACGAUGGGUAUGGGGUCAACAGCUUCAGGUCUUAGCGCAGACAGCGGUGGUGGUGGUGGCAGCGGUGGCGGCUGCGGUGGUAAUGGUUUAGAAAUGGAAAUUGAUGGUUAUGGUGGAAGAUGGACAAGGGAAGAAACUCUAACACUUCUUGAGAUCCGAUCAGGACUUGAUUCUAUGUUUAAAGAAGCUAAUCACAAAGGCCCUGUAUGGGAUGAAGUUUCCAGGAUAAUGUCUGUGGAGCAUGGUUAUAGAAGAAGUGGGAAAAAAUGCUGUGAGAAAUUUGAAAACUUGUACAAGUAUUAUAAAAAGAUCAAAGGAGGAAAAGCUGGAAGACAAGACAAGAAGCAUUACCGAUUCUUUAGCCAACUAGAAGCUCUAUACGGGGAAACAAACGCUAGUACCAAUCAGGAUCAGGAUCCUAACCUGCUUUCAGUCUCUAAUAAUUUACACCUUCCAAAUAAUCCAUCUGUGUUUGACCCUUCCUCAUGUGACUUCGUAAAUCACUAUGCACCAUUGGCUCCAUUCAAGGAAGAGAGUGAUUGUGUGGAGAGGACGGAUAACAAGAAGAGCCUUGGGAAAAAAUAUUGGAAAACCAUGAUAACAGACUUCAUCGAAACAAAAACACAGACACUUAUGGAGAAACAAGAUGCAUGGAUGGAGAAGAUGAUGAGGACGAUAGAUGAAAAGGAAAAGGAGAGAAUUUCAAAAGAGAAGCAAUGGAGGAAAGAAAACGCUGCAAGAUUAGAGAUAGAAAAAAAGUUACGAGCAAAAGAACGAGCAUGGAUGGAGUCUCGAGAUUCAGCUUUAAUGGAAGCUUUGCACAAAUUAACAGAAAACAAAUCAUGUACCAUUAAGAGUUCGUCUCCCGAGCAUAGUAAUGAUCAAAAUCAUAAUAUCGCAGGUUGGGGAGAAAAUGAGAUUACACAUCUAAUACAACUAAGAACUAGCAUGGAAACAAGAUUUGAGCAAGGAGGGUGUAUGGAAGAGGUUCUCUGGGAGGAAAUUGCCUUAUCAAUGGCUUGUUUGGGUUACAACAGAAAUGCGUUGAUAUGCAAGACUAAGUGGGAUCACAUAAAUUUUCAAUUGAGAACCAAGAAACGAAAAGAGAAUACCAGAUGUUCAAAUUUGUAUUCUCACCACAAUAACAUCAUUCAUCAAGUAGGUGAAAGAAGUGAUUCACAAAAUGAUCCACAGAAUGAUGGUGGCUAUAGGGCCUUAAUGAAUGACCCUGCGCUGAUCGGGAAUUAUUAUGGGAAUAAGAUCACCAAAGGAGAGAAAUAUUAGGCACUAUUGAGGGUGUGGUAAAAUAAUUAAUGAAAGUAUGUUGGCAAGGAUUAAGUUUGGCUAUAUGUAAGGAAAUAUUCAAGAAAGAUCUGAUAGUGUUACUUGAUUAUGUAAAAGAAAUGUCAUACUAUAUAUAUGCAUGCAUGGAAACAUCUGACUAAAACUGAUGUCAGUGAUAGUUAAUAAUUAAAUAUAUCCACUGUUCAGUUUGAUGUUACUUGAUCUUUUCAUUGAUUACCUGAUAAUACUUUGAAGAA